AUGAUGAAAUCUAAGGAGUUUCCUAAAAACUUUCUUUUCGGCAGCCGUGAAGAUUACAUCCUCAAAACACAACUUGAAAGCAUAUCUGCCCAGAGAGAAGGAAACGUGGAAUUCACCGCCCAGAAUACUCAGUCGAUGCAUUCCACCUUAGCCCCUCCAAAUACUCCUUGGUCCCCCGAAGGCGCAUCUCAAGAUCACCAAGACUCACACAAUUGUCCAGAAACCCGUCAGAAUAUUGAGAAUGGACAUCAUUCAAGUAUCAAGUCCCAAUCUAGAAUGGCUUCAUUCUCGGAAGAAAGUUUUGAACACUGGAAAACGAUCGCCAUCAUCUCUCAGAAAGAGAACGGGAACCUGAAGUCUCAGCUUAUCGAAGUCAAGGCCCAAAACACAAAUUUAAUCGAUGCACGGAACCGACGAGAAAUCAGCAAAGGUUCAACUGAGACCAUUUGGUACGCCCUUCUACAGCAAAAUUGGCAACAAGUUCAACGAAUCAAAGAGUUGGAGAAAGAUGCAAGCUUCAGAAAUCUGGGCGGGCAGCUUGAAGUUCGACUGAGUUCCAAACAAAUCGAUUCAUUCAUGGAAAAAAUGAGACUGGCCUUGGAGUCCAUAAUGCACAAGAACGGUAUCAUCCUACGCACCAAUAUGGAUAUUAGAGACAUCAAUACUGAUCUCCAGCAUCUUUUCCAUCUUUUAUAUGGUGCCGAAUCGAAUUUACGAAUUGAGAAACUCAUGAAGAAUCUAGAUCCACAGCUCUUGCUUCGUGGUCUCGCAUUGGCAGCGGUGAAGCAGUGGGUUUUCAUGACAGACUUUCCAGUAUUCAAGGAAAAUCGCUUGUCAUUGGCGCAAAUGAAAGUUGUCUCACAAAAAGGUGACUGGAAAUGUGCUCGCAAACUUGCACUGGAGAGCUACAUUAGUAUAAUACGGGAUCCCUCUUUUUCGGAGAAUGACUUGCGCGAGGAAACACAGAAUCUUGUAUCGAGAUUUUCCAAGGCCAUUGCUCCUCUUUGCAAACCUCCACAUAAUUCUGAAAAAAUUCUCAGUAAUAUAUGGGUCGAUUCAGAAGGCACAGUCGGAACGUUGUUUAUAACAGCCUUGACGUUCAAGGCGAGUACUGUUGCCACUGGACAGCAGUAUGAACUUGUUGUAUACCCACCAGGAACGGCAACAAGUGAAGCUAUGCCGGUUUCUAAAGGCAUUGUUGCAUCCGAACAACCGGGAAAAGACUUGACUUGCGAAGUUUGGAGACAUGCUUCUCUAUUUGUUUAUGAAACAGAGACUGCUUCAAAAUGGAAUGAUCCUGCGGGUAUGAUGAACAAACCAAACAAUUUCAUUAUCCAUGAAGCGGGAGUGCGCGAGAAGAAAUCUUGCCUCACAAGUGAACUAGUAGUUUCAAAGAAAUUCGACGAGAUCCGUUGUGAUGCCAAUGAAGAAAUCAUUUUACGAUCGAAAACUGGACUCGGGAAAAAAGAAAAAGCCAAAAAAGAUGUAAAGGGCCAUCAGAUCACUGCAAAAGUGGGUGAUGCGGCAAAUAUUAGGAACUUCUCCACGAAAAAUGGAUUGCAGCGGGGUAUUGGACCAUCAAUAAUUGACCAAACAGGUAGAUAUUCUCAGGAAUCACCAAAGAAGUGCGGUGAGACGCCUAGAGAUUCAUCAUCUCAUUGCUCGACCUGCUUGAACUUGUACCCAGAAGCAAUCCUCGAAGAGCACCUGAAGAAAAGACCUGUAUGGUGUCAAUCUCCUUGCUCUAUAUGCAGUGAGAAAUAUACUCGAAUGUCGGACAUUGCUAAGCAUAAACAACACCAAAAGAAUCAAAGAUUCGAUGCAGAAUUCAGCGGUACCAAAAAGAUAAAAGCAUCUCCCCUUGAAUUUUUAGUAGAAGUCGCAAAAAAGAAAAUUGAUGCCGAUCGGGUGACAACAGUUGCGAAAGCAGGAUUGCCACAAAAGACGUCUGGUAAAUCGAGACAAAGAUCCAACAGGAGAUCAACGCGGCUGAAUGGACAAGAAGGCGGAGUUGUUGAAGUAGAAGAUGAAGUGCCACCCGAAGUGAUGGACGACAGUUCUCCCAAGACGAGUUGCAAAGUUCCUCUUGACGUGGAAGCUGAGGAUCUCUGCGACACCUCUGCAGUCGACGAAACUGAAACAAGACCAGUGAUACCGGAGUUUCCAAGUUGUGAAAAGUGUGGGGCGACGUUGACAUCUCGUGAGGGCGUCGUCAGACACCAAAGAAUGAAAGUUUGUAAGGCGUGCCCUGCCUGUGGAAAUUGGUUUGGCCGCAAGCAGUUGCUCAGACAUAGUUGCAACCAACAAAAAAACGUAAAUCCAGACUGCGACAAAACGGCCAUUACUGAGCCCCAUGGGCUUGGUGGGGAUGAAAUAUCUGCUGCAGCUACGCAGGCUAGUCGUCAAUCGUCAGAAGAUCCGGAAACAGAGAGCCUGAAAAUAUCAAAUGACGAUUGCCAUGAGUUACAAGUAGAUGCAAUUUGUAGCCAAACAAGCUCUCUUCUCUCCGAGUUUGAAAAGUCUCCUGUCCUUGCAAUAACUCCGGCACGAGAUCCACCAAAGCGACCAAGGCUCCAUAGUGACCAAGAUACAGAAGAGCUGCAGGCACAGAAGGAUAUUUUUGGUUCUGGAGAAACCGAAGACAUGCGGUCAACUAAAUUGCGUCGAUUGGAUGCCACGCAUGAAGCGGCUACAAUGACAAACCUCCCAAGUUUCUCCGAUCAGAAAACACUCGAAUUCAAUGGCCAUCAUGUACAAGCACCGAUUCCUUCUCCAUCUACCACUUUCGAGUUUGAAAAAUGGCAGACUGUUACUCCCAUGGAAUCCGAUGAGCGGGGAUCGGGAUCGGAUUUUAAAAGUCUCAACUUUGACAACUCUGCAGGCCCUCGGAACGCCUGGGAUUUUCGAAGCGAUUAUAUUGCCUUCGAUUCUCAUCACGAUACUUUCUUGGGUUCACUGGAAGAUUGCCAAAAUCCUUUCAGCAUCCCUCAGGACUUCCACAAUAACGAUCUUGUGCCUUCCUCAAGGUCAGCAGUGUGUGUGAACGGGUCUCGAGCUCUCAAUUUUCCUGCCCAGCCCCUUGCUUAUGAAAAUCAUCACACCGUACCGAGAAGACAGCCCCAGGGAUCAACACACCCGGCGGUAUACAAUGUGACAAGAGAGGGAGAUUUUGGUAAUCCUCAGCAAAAGUCUGGUAACGCUAUUGCCGAUAUUCUUAAUGCCGACCUUUUGAAUGCCGAGGGAAUCAGCUAUAAUUAUUGA